UGGAGCUGCAGAUCCAAACGGAGAACAGGAGGCGCAAGUUCUUCAGACGAGCUGCUGUUCCGCGCAGGUCAGGUGGUCCGCGCGCACACGCACACGCACACGCACGGGUCUGGAGGUGGUGGAAACGAGCAGGACGCGCUUCUCUUGGAGACAAGGAACUACGAGUGACCCGCGCAAACUACAGCAAGAUGAGCAGGUCUACAGUCAAGGUUCUCAGCGGUAUCUUCAUGGUGGCCGUCUUCAGUUUAUUCGUCUUGUACAGACUUCCUGAUCUGGCCUACCGUAUAGCCACGUCCAAGGCAGAGAACGUCAGCAGCACCCUCCAGCCCUGGUUGGCCACACACUCUAUGCCAGCUUCACGAUCCUGUGAGUGCGACCCACGCUCUGUGCGACUGAAGGAUCAUAUUCCCAAGGAGCAGUUUGACCAAGUGUCUGAGCGGAGGAAAGAAGAGCUGGAGAAGCACAAGAAAAGAACGUCGCCUGAAUUAUCCAAACUGCUACUGGCUCCGGCCAACUCUCCUCUGCAGUAUCCCAUUCAAGGUGUGACUGUUCCUCCACUGAAGGAGCGCCUCAUCCCAGGUUUAGCGCUGCAUGCAGGAGGGCGGAGCAGAUACAAGGUGACCCUAAAAGUCAGCAGAGGCAUCUUCAGUACAAACACCGUACUUUUUCCUGAAGAAGUGACAGUUCAAGGGAACCAAGAGGCCAAUUUCACUGUGGAGUCCACAAGCCUGCAGCUCCUGAACUCUGUGCUGGCCUCAGUGUCCUACAAAAGCACUGUUUACCAUGUCCACACUGGAGAUCUGGCCUCCUUUUCCUUUGAGAACCAUGAAGCCACGUUUCCCAUCGUCAUCAAGCGGCCUCAGCUCCCAGUCUUGUUCGACAUGGGGACUGACAUCAAUUCUCAAGUCACCAUCACCACCAAGACCUUCCUGCGCUACAAUAACCUCAAAGUUCUCCUGAGCAGCAUCCGGAAGUUCUACCCCACAGUGACAGUGAUCAUAGCUGACGAUAGUCUGGAGCCCGAGAAGAUCACUGGAGACAACAUCCAGCACUACAUCAUGCCCCCAGCUCAGGGUUGGUUUGCCGGCAGAAACCUCGCAGUUUCUCAAGUCACAACUAAAUAUUUUCUGUGGGUGGACGACGACUUUGUGUUCACAAAAAACACAAUGAUGGAGAAGCUGGUGGAGGUGAUGGAGGCUGCUCCGUAUCUAGAUGUGGUUGGUGGCUCAGUACAAGGAAACAUGUUUCACUUUUCACUGGAGUAUGAUGAAGGAGAUGAGGCUGAAGGAGGCUGUCUUACCAGAAAGUCCACAGGAAAAUUCCACGCACUUCCUGGUUACCCACAAUGCUUCCUGUCCGACGGAGUGGUCAAUUUCUUUUUGGCUCGAACUGACUCUGUCCAAAAAGCCAGAUUUGAUCCUCUUCUAAAAAGAGUGGCACACUCAGAAUGGUUCAUGGACGGCCUGGGCUCGCUGAUGGUGGCCUCGUGUGCUCAUGUGCAGAUAGGACACCAGCCAAAGACUCUCACAAAGGACUAUAACAAGUAUCGGUACCCAAAUGAUGCGUCGGAUAAGACCUUCAAACUACAACAUCAUUACUUCAAAAACUAUCUCAAGUGUAUCAUGUACGGAUGAAUGAGCAGCUGAAGACAGUUACAAAAUAAUUUCACACUUGAAGACACAACCAAAUACCAAAAAUGAAAGAGGGGGUAUUAUGCAAAUUGUAUACAUUUUACACUUCAUACAUUAUACAUUUUAUAUGUAUAUAUGUAUGUGUUAUAACAUUGUCCGGGAAGAGUGCUUUAUAUUCUUGUGGUAUUGGAAUCAUUAUUGAGUACUGAAUCUGUUCUUUAGUGUCAAAAUUGUCAGUAAAAAUACUGCUCAAAUAGGAGUAAAAGUAUGCUGUUAGAAAAGUACCCUGAAAAGUACAAGUUACCCAAGUAAAUAUAACUGAAUACUACCCGCCUCUGCCCAAAUCCCUCCCUCUUCUUCCCAGUCUCCAGCUUCUGUGUGUGACUCAUUGUGGUUUCAGAACCUUGGACAGUUCCACUUGCUUUCACUGUCAGGAGCGAGAGCAGAGGUGGGGCCUAUUCAGUUACAUUUAAACGUUAACAUUUUACAGAAUUUACUUUUCAGAGUACUUUUCUACUUGAGAUAUUUAUUGCUCUUGCUUGAGUAAAAGUUGUGGUUCCUCUUCCCACUGUGAGUGAGUGUAAAGUGACAAAAGCUUUAUGUGACAAUAUGAAAUAAUUUAAAUAUUUAUAUUUUUGCAGCUCCUUCAGAUAUGUGUGUCAUUUUGGUAAAAAAAAAAGAUGUACAUUUUUUUUUCUAUUAAAAAAAUAGAUUUAUAUGAAGUAUUUAUAUUUAAAUUAUU